GUGUAGAAGGAUGUUAUGUUGCUCGAUUUUCUUACGAUAUAAGCACUGAUAAAUCUAGUAAACAAAACAAUAGAACAAAUCGAACAUUAACAGCAAGUUAAAUGCGUGCAUAUGCACAAGUGCACACACGUGAAAUAGAUAAAUAAUAAAUUGAACGAAAAAUUAUUACACACAAUCGAAUACAAUUAAUGUUUAUGGACAGGGGAUGGGGCGGAGACGGCAUGUCGUCAAUGGUGGCAUACGAACAUCAUACUACAAAUUGAAGUGUGUGGAUGAUAUGAUGCGGCAUUAGAAAUCAGUGUUAAUAACAACAAUUACAACACCAACAGCAAUAAUAACAGCAAAACAAAUAAAUCGUCAAUACGAAUUAAGCGUCGGUCGAAAAAGGGGGCUGGCGGUGCUGUGCUUACUGGAGGUGCUGACAGUGGGGACACUGGAGUAGUGCUUAUCAUUGUGGCAAUUGACAUUGCAUGUUGACAGUCAGUCGUUGAAUGGCGCCCGAUCAAGUGUGAAGCGUGCGUGUCGAUAAACGGACGGACAGAAUAGUGAAUCCAAGCAAAUAAAGAAUUAGCGUAACGCGUAACACAGCGAAUAAAGUCGAAAACGGCAAACAAUAGUGAAGUGAAUUUGCAGAGAAUAAUAGAAAAACUAGAUAAAAUAGUACGUUAUAAUAUAUUGCAAAAAAUAAAAAAACUUUUGCGCUGAUUGCUAGUCGUUUUCUAGUUCCUAUUCCAAGCCAUUUUUAAGCAAGUGCAAACAAUUGAAAAUUAUAAAAAUAAAAAAAAAUAUAAAAAAUUCUGUGAAAUUCGCAAAACGCCAACUGUGUGCACUCACGGCAUUUACAAGCUACCUCAAAGUCUAUGCCGCGACAUGUCGAUUUGCGUUCACAAGCCAGCUCGCAGUAAAACUAAUAAGAAAGCACGUCAUUAAGCGUCCAGCAAUCAACAAAUCUAACUUUAUCAACAGCCGGCCAACAGUUCUAAAUGCAUCACUGCUUUUGACUCGUUAGGCGCGUUAGUUACGCUUCUGCCACGGACUUUGUAUGCGCGUCGCGCCUUCAAGAAGUUGCUGCCAAAGCUAGGCAAAUCUAAGCAAAUACUUACAUACGCUAAAUUCAGUGCAAUCACACACCCCCCGUCACAUGAAAUACACUGUAAAGAUCCUGUCUGCCACCGCUUACCGCUUGAGCAAUGAACUGCUAAUGAUGCCGCGUCAACGCCGCUGCCAACAAUCAAUCAAGCGCGCAACCAUAUUUUCAAUAGUUAUAAUAGAAGUUGCUGAGGAGUUAUAUAAUAACGGCGCAUAGUUCCUAACUAGCGUUCUAAUGCUUCAACACGAUCGCCAAUGGUCAAGCGCCAAUGACUUUUCAAAGAUUGCACUCAUUUUCAAUAAUCGCGCGUUGUAACUAGUGCAUGUGGUGUGUGUCUAAUUGGCAAUGAGAAAUUUUUAAAAUCAAAUAUUAUAUACGUAUGUAUGUACAUGAUCAGAAAUACGUUGCUAAAGAAGCUUUUUGCAAAACAAUAGUGUCACUGCAGUACAAUAAGAUGUUUUGAUCGAAGAAUCAGUUUCAAUAAGUGCCGUGUUAAAAAAAAAAAUUGUUAAAAGAUAAUAUAUAAACCUUCUUUAGAAAAAAACUUAAAGUUAGAAAACUUGAAAGUCGCUACUGAAGUGAGAAUUUGUUAAGUAUGGAUUUCCAAAGUGCUAUGGAAACAUUUGCAGAGGCUUGGGUGGCCGCCAAUGCUGGACCACAGAGCCAGGCUUUGGCAUUGACACGCGCUGCAAAUGCCGCCGCCGCUGCUGCAGCCGCCUCAGCCAAUGCGGCUGCCGCCGCCGCUGCGCAGGGCAUCAAACCCGCCGGCACAGCCAGUUUAGCUGAGUUGGCGCUGAAGAAAGAGCAUUCGUUGUCACCACCACACAGCAUCGGCAGCGGCAGCAGCGCAACACCGGGUGCUGCUUCUGUCGCCAAUAUCGAUGAAGGCGGUGGGAGUGGUGUGACUGCGGCCAAUUAUCGGCGACGCCCCUCGCUGCAAGGUGUGCAAGACAAAUUGGCGCAAUUGCAGAUGCAACAUCAGCAGCAACAACAGCAACAUUUACAACAACAGCAACAGCAACAACAUCAGCAGCAAUUGCAUGAGCAGCAUCAACAACAGUUACGUGAACAACUUGCCGCCCACGAUGAGGCGCGUAGUCCGCGUUUCGGCAAUUUGGCGGCUAGCUUGGCUGUUGGUGCCGCCAAUACGGCUAUUGUGCGUUCACGCUCCACAGAUGCCAACUCCUCGCCGAAUGCCACCGCACAUAUGGGCGCAGACAACGAACGUCACAUCUCCUCGACACCUUCUAGUCAGAAUGCCUCAUUGGCCGUCACACCAAAGCUAAUGGAACGUGAUGAACGUGCCGGCUCCGGCAAUGGUGGUGGUGUUGCUAGCGCCAACCCCGGCUUGGUUGGUAGCAUUAGUUGCUUACCACCGGCUGCAUUGAACGCAGUCGCUAGCAGCAUGGCGAGCGGUGUUGCGGGUUCAUUGCAUUCCGGUGUUGCUGGUGUGCCCACACAAGCGGAGCAGUUGUUAUCGUCAACGCCGUCGGCUUUGGAAAGCCGCGCACGUGAAUUUGAUCCAGCGAAAGUAAAUUCGAAAUCGCUACCGUUGCAUUGUGUCGUCGAAUCGGUGCAUUCGUUGCAGGCCUCGCUCGCCAUCGACUCGCGUAGUCCAUGGAAGCGGCGUACGAAUAUCGAGACAGAUAGUUAUGUGAUUAUGGCUGCGGCAACGCCCUGGUCGGAAUUGGUGCAGACUGCGCUACAACGACUGGGCUACUCACAGGAGGCGGUUAACACGGCAAGAGGUUCUAUUAUGAUAAAGAAUUGGAAACCCAUACCUUUGGAAAUGAUCUCCGAUAAUCCAGUUGUGCCCGUCAGUGAUAUUAUAGGCGAGUUGACUUCGGUUAUUACACUUCGUAUAGUCAUUUUGCGUUCCAAACCGUCGACUUUCGGUGAAAUUAAGGAUAAGUUAUUGAAACUGCUCGUUUUGCAAUCUCAUACAGUAUUGCGCUCCACCGGUUGUCCGCUUGAUGAGAUGACGCUCUCACAAAUAUGCCGAACUUCUUACCAGAAUCCGUAUUCUUUUCCCGCCGGCGAGAUUUCCGAUGAGCUACGCCGCAAGUUCGACCAGUGGUGGUCGCAACAACUCACGCCACAAUCUAGUAUUACGCCAAAAAUGUUACCGUUCCUAACAGCGCCGUCAUCAGUGCCGAAUGAAAUGGACUUCCCCGUAGGUUCAGCGGCGGUUGCCGCAGCCGCUGCCGCUGCUGCAGCCGCACAAGCUGGCUUACAUGCUGCCAGCGGUGUGGGCAAUGUGCCGGGCAGUAAUAUACCGGGACUUAAUGCCAGUCGUGAUUCACUACUCAUGAAUGAGGCGUCACAUCAUGGUCCCCAGGGGGCAGCUGCAGCGCAUCACCCCAAUAUGUUGGUACAUCCGGCCAUGCAUCCCUCGAUGCAUCAUCAUCAUCACCAUCCACAUACACAGUAUCCAAAUCAAAAAACACGCAUGCGCACGAGUUUCGAUCCAGAAAUGGAAUUGCCUAAAUUGCAGAAAUGGUUUCAGGAGAAUCCACAUCCCUCGCGUCAGCAAAUACAAACCUAUGUUGUACAGUUGAACGCCUUGGAAUCGCGACGUGGUCGCAAGCCACUGGACGUUAAUAAUGUCGUAUAUUGGUUUAAAAAUGCACGCGCCGCUCAGAAGCGAGCAGAAAUGCGUGGCGGCUUGGCAGCACUUGGUCAUCCCGGCUUGAAUGGCUUUAUGCUCAAUCAGCACGGUCAGUUGGGUCAAAGCUCGAGCAGCAGCGGUGGUAGUCAGCAAAUGAGUAGCAGCAAUAUCAAUUUAGCCAUGUCACACGACUACCUGAAAAGUCCUUUGAGCCUGAAAUCGGAAGAUGUGGACACAAUGUCACAGCACUCGGAUGACAUGGAUGAAGACAACAGCCGGCCCGGCUCACCACAAUUACCACUGUCGCUCACCACGCAUGAACGUAAUCGCAAUUCGCCGCUCGAAGGCGCCGAAGGCAAUAUGGACUUGGGCGAUAGUCGUCGUGAUAACUGUGGUGCCGAAGGUGAGUUUAAGGAUGAAACCAUGUUAAAUGGUUCACUCAAUCAGUCGUUACGCUCAUGUUCGCGCAGCUACACCGAAGAAGAAGCUCAAAUGCAAGCCAAGCCGAAUGACACACAAACCGAUGACCAACACGGUGACAAUUCGAAUGAAGACACCGCUAAUGAGCAGCAAAAUGAAGCAGAACACAAUAAUAGCAAUAACAACAAUACUGCAAACAACCUAAAUAACAACAACAUUAGUAGUAGCAAUAACAAUAAUAGUACUAUUAAUAAUAAUGAGCAAUCCUGUGAUGCCGUUAAUACACAACCGCAAGCACAUUCCUCACCCAAAAUAAGUUCACCCAAAGAGGAGGACGAUGAUCUCGAUUUGGAAGAUGAUGACGAUGACAACGAGAAUGAUGUCUCACAAUUGGAUGAAUAUCGUUCGCUCUCACCAGAUUUGGCUAAUGCCAUGGCACAACGUAAAGAUCUACCCUUUCCAAUUGUGCCCAAUUCGAUGUUCUCCCAGUCAUUCAUGUACAUGAGCCAUUAUAUACCGGGUUUUGGUCAAGCAGCUGCCAAUCAUCCGCACGCGCAUCAUGCCGCUGCUGCAGCAGCUGCUGCCGGUAUGCCACCGAAUGCACUAAUGAACCCGAGCGGUCUCAAUUUGUCGAGCAUGUCGAACGAGGAGCGUCGCAAACGGAAUCGUACUUUCAUCGAUCCAGUUACUGAAGUGCCGAAGUUAGAGCAAUGGUUCGCAUUGAAUACACAUCCAUCACACAAUCUGAUACUGAAGUACACGGAGGAUUUGAACACAAUGCCCUAUAGACAAAAGUUCCCCCGUUUGGAAAGUAAAAAUGUACAGUUUUGGUUUAAAAAUCGACGUGCCAAAUGCAAACGCCUAAAGAUGUCGCUCUACGACAGCUCUCAACUGCAAGGCCUGAACUCCUUCGUUAGCAAAUACGAGGAACGCGAUUAAAGGGUAAAAUUUUACUCGAUAUAUACUAUAGAGUAUUGCAAACAAAAAUAAUUAUACGCCUACAAAUUAGGGUUGUUCAAAAAGUUUUGUUGGGUCAAAAUGUCGAUUAUCAGUGAAAGAGGGACUGAAUGUUGAACCAAAUCACAGCCGCGCAGUAUUGUAAUUGAAUUAUUGCAUUUAAUUUUCAUAGUACUGCAGUUUGAUGAACGUAAAUACAGAUAUGUAUGUAUGAAUAUUAGGGUGAUUUUUAAAGUAUAAAUUUAGAGUUUUUCUUUUCAAUUUCCAUUCUCAACUCUAUAAAAUAUAAUUUAAUUCGGUAAACAAACGUUUUUUAUAACAACAUUUCAACUUGUCGAAUAAAAUAUUUUUCAGAUUUUAAUGACGACCCUAAUGUGCAUAAACUAUACAUAUACAUAGUUUACGGCUGUUAAUAUUAUUUUUUACGCGAUUUAAAAAAAAAGUUAGUUCCACUGUAGCUAUUAUAAAUCAGUACGUUUCUGUUUCUCUUAUGAACCACUGCUCUCACGGGCAACAUGUGCCCAGCAGCCAAUUUCGUGUAAAUAAAGACCCAAUAACAUUUGCUAUAAGAUUGCAUGUUCAUUAUAAAUUAUUUGCAUUAUUCUAGGAAUGUUUGUAUUCAUAUCCUAAAAAUUUAAAAUGACAAAUAACCAAUUAUAAUUUAUGUAGACAUUUUUAUUAAA